AUGGCCACCUCCGGCAGCGUCUUCUCCGAGACCCUUCAGGGCAUCACCGACACCAAGCUCGACGAGCUCUCCAAGAGGCGCAGCAGCUUCGAGGAGGCCAAGGCGUCCCUGCUCGAGGUCGUCCGCGCCGAGACCGACCCCGCCCGCCGCCUCUCCCUGCUCUGUAAUGGCGUCAAGGAGUGCUUCUCCAUCAAGCUCGACAAGGCUGGCAAGGUCGUCAUGGACCAGACCAAGCAUAAGCAGCUCGAGACGGAGCUGCAGAACCUUGAUCGCUUCCUCGAGCAGGUCAAGUACGACCCCUCCGUGUCCGGCACCAUGCUGGAUACCUGGGAGCAGUCCCUCCUCCGCCACCUGGACGUGCAGUCGCUCAAGUUCCAGUACGCCUCGCUGUACGGGCAGCUUGUCACGGAGUGGCUGUCAGGUGGGAAGAAGGAGGAGGAGUCGGCUGGUGGUGAUGAUGUCACAAUGGACGAAGCGUACGAGGUUGUCGACAACGGCAAGAAACUCGAGUCUAGGAUGGAGUGGGAGGAGAUGGUGUUCGAGCCUGCCGAAGUAGAUGAGGGCGCCCUGGAGGCGUACCUGAAACGCGUCUUCCACGACGGUGACAAGUCCAAGAAGGGCCUGCAGAAGGCUCUAGCGCAGCUCCGGGAGUCCGUCCAGUCCUUCGAGAUGAAGCUCUCGGCACCAAGCCAGUUCAACAUCACUUCUCUGAAGUGGGUCAUCCAAAGCCUCUACGCCUCCGAUUUGCUCUCGGACGAGAAGCGCGAGGUGCUCAAGGACUUUGAGAACAACAACAUCAUCCUCAGCGAGAUAGCCGACGUCCUCAACAUGCGCCUGAGUGCCCUGAGCUCGUGGACAUGGAGCUCCGAUGGCCCCGUGCAGGUGGAGAUGAACCGGAAGAUCACCGGCGUGUUCAACAUCACGAUGCAAGAGGACCUGCUCCAGGCCAUCUUCCUCCACUACAUCGGCAUCAAGUGGAGUGUCUUCUUCAAGAGCGCCCUCGAUUCGCUCCGCAUGGUCGAGGGCACGUGGCUGUCCGCACGCGAUGCCAUCCCCAGGGAGGACAAGAGGAGGCUCGGCUACUAUCUUGGCCCGAUCCAAGAUGAGCCCUGCCUGGAUGAGGUGCGCAACAAGGUGCACUCCAUACGCUACUUCUUGGUCAACCUCAUGGACUACGAGCAGCAGAUUACAACUACAGAGGACGGGGAGGAGGAGGCAGAGUACGAACAGGUGACGGCUGGCCCCCCCGCUCAGAUGGCCGGCCAGAAGCGCAAGGUCCGAGCGAAACAGACAGCCAGAAAGUCGACCGGCGGAAAGGCGCCACGCAAGCAGCUCGCCAGCAAAGCAGCUCGGAAGUCGGCCCCCAGUACAGGGGGCCUAAUGAUGCAUGACGAGGACCUGAUUGAUUACUCGGAUGAGGAGGAGGUGGAGCCAUACGUAGAGGAGGCGGUCGAUGUCGACGACGGAGAGCGCCUCAGCCCCAUGGCUCUCAAGCAGCAACUCCUACAUCUCCUGGCGACCGAGAUCACUAUCAACAAGCGACUGUACAGCGAGUUGACGGCCUUCCACUCCGUCUUUGAGAGCUGGAACUCGCUGCUGCCGCACCAGACAGUGCUCGUCGUCCUCAAGUUCUUGGGUGUAUCCCCGGCAUGGCUCGACUUCUUCCGCAACUUCCUCGAGGCGCCCCUCAGGUUCGCCGAGGAUGACGAGUCGACGCCCGCGCGCAAGCGUCGCCGAGGAGUGCCUGCGUCCCACACACUCAGCGAUGUCUUCGGGGAGACGACGCUCUUCUGCCUCGACUUCGCCAUCAACCGCCUCACGUGCGGGACCAACCUGUGGCGCAUCCACGACGACUUCUGGUUCUGGUCCCAGGACCACGCCAUGGCGGCAAAGGCCUGGAAGGCCGUGGAAGAGUUCGCCGAGGUGACGGGCACCGAGAUCAACCUCGGCAAGACGGGCACCGUCCGCGUGUCCAAGGACGACAAGCACAAACUGCCCAUCGACCCAGCCCUGCCUAUAGGAGAGAUCCGCUGGGGCUUCCUGCGCCUCUCGCCGCAGACGGCGCGCUUCGAGAUCGACCAAGACAUGGUUGACACGCACAUCGCGGAGCUGCAGAAGCAGCUCAGCGGCAAGCGCAAGAGCGUGCUCGACUUCGUGCAGGCCUGGAACACGUACGCGGGGCGCUUCUUCACCACCAACUUCGCCAAGGCGGCCAACUGCUUCGGCCGCGAGCACGUCGACAGCAUCCUGUCCACGCAGGAGCGCAUCCAGCGCCUCAUCUUCUCCUCCAUGGCCGAGGGGGACCACGAACGCUCCGCCAGCGUGGCCGAGCACCUCAAGCGCGCCAUCGCCCAACGCUUCGGCAUUGACGACGUCCCCGACGGCUACCUCUACUGGCCGAUGGAGCUCGGCGGGCUCAACCUCCAGUCGCCCUUCAUCUCGCUGCUCCAGAUCCGCGAGGACGUCAUCUCGUCCCCCGCCGAGCUCGUCGAGAGCUUCGAGGAGGCUGAGCGCAACGCCUAUGAGCGCGCCAAGGAGCGGUUUCUCAUUGGUGCCGUCAAGCAGCUGCGGUAUGCCCUCGACGACCCGGACUGGACGCCCGCCGAGGCGCGUGACCGGGAGGAGUUCAUGUCCUUUGACGAGUAUGUCCGCCACCGGGCCUACUUCAGGUUCGACCACCACUCGGCCGACACUCGUCUCCACAAUGUGUUCCGUAAGCUCAUGAAGCAGCCGAACGAGACGAGCGUGCGGAUGGACAUCAGUUCGCUGUCAGCGGCGGUCGAUCUACUGAGGCAUUCGGGCUCGUAUGGGGGGGGCAUUACCGGGCACUGGAGCAUCAUGAGUGCCUACUGGAAGUGGGUGCUCAUGAUGCACGGGCCCGACAUUGUGAAGCGGUUCGGAGCGCUCAACAUUGUGGACCAAGGCCUUUUGCCAAUGGGAAUGGUUACUUUGUUCAGAGAUAAGAGGGUGACCUGGCAGAGCUAG